UCAAAGCAACCAAAGUCCAUUAAAUUACAAAAUAUAAAUAUAAAUGAUACAUUUAUAAUUUUCCUGGCAAGUGGCUUGCAUUAAUGGUUCGAUUUCGGGUGGCUUUGAGAGCUGCUUGUUGCUGGAGUCGUAGGAUGUGUUUUCGAGCCGAGGAUGGGAUCCUUCGCCUUACGCAGGCACAUCGCGACAAGUGCGUGGCCUGCCUGCAUCCCUUCUCGGCCAUAUUUCUGCUCGUUCUGAUUGGAUUUGUGUUUGUCUACGAAUUGUGGUACGUUCUGCCGGCCAUAGCCGAUCCCCGGGGGAUGUGGCACAAGCUGAACUGGCUGCUGGGAGUUUAUGUUGUCUGCAAUAUACUGGGAAACUGGUGGCUCGGCUUUGCGAGGAGCACGUCGGUGGAGAGUUUGUCGCCGAAAAGACAACAUCCUGCUGCGGGUGAGGCACACCUUUGGCACUACUGCACAUCCUGCCAGAAGCUAGUGCCCCCGAGGUCCUGGCACUGCAGAUUGUGCAAUGCUUGCAUUCUCAAGCGGGAUCACCACUGCACUUUCACGGGGAACUGCAUCGGCCACAACAAUCAGCGGUACUUCCUGGGCUUCUUGUUUCACCUGACCUUGGGCAGCGCACAGGCCCUGGUCUACAACGCCAUGUUGACCUCUAAAAGUAGGGCCUUUGGGGUCUCCGAUCCCUUACUAAUGUUGGGCCAGGAUCGCUCUCAAGAUCCUGACUUCGAGUGGAAGUACACAGUCGCCGCCAUCUUCAAGCUGAAUUUCUUUCUUUUCAUGGUUCCCUUCGGCAUGUUGGCCCUGCAAAUGCUGAUGGUCCAAAGGAACAGUACUUGCUAUAAGAUAUUGGACCGCAGUUACGAUGUAGGCUGGCGGCGAAACUUUGAGUUGGUCCUGGGAAAACGAUGCUUCUGGACCUUCCUCUGGCCCACCAUUGCAAGUCCUCUGCCCAACGAUGGCACCCAGUGGACUCAGAAGCAGUUUGUUUAAAUAAUUGGAAAAACAACAGUCUGUAUAUAAAAAUGUGAAUAGUACCUACCCAAAAUUAUAUAGUCGCCUCUUACUUUCUGGUUGUUAGUUUGCUUAAGUCAAAUCUUCAAAUUUUAAACCAAUAAAAUUGUUUUGGUAACCUUGACCAUGUGCUACGUGAA